GGAUCUUCGACGCGAAUGAUCGUUCGAGACGAGUGCUUCGGAACGGCCAGGCGUACUGAGUGAUCCGCCCACGGAUUAUUCCAAAUGCCCUUGUACAGAGUGACCAGUUUUGAACUGCAAAAUCUAAAGUAACGUGUCUUCACAAACGUUCCCAAACGUUUAAUUCUGCAUAGCACCAGCAAUCAUCGUCAUUUAUAUAAAAUGUCACUGUCAGUCUGAAAUCGGACUAAUUGUUGCCGGAGAACACGUUCAUUUACCUUGUUAAAAUUCAGGUCACCCUCAGAAUAUUCGACAUGUAAAAUAGACGAUAAAUGAUCAUGUGUAUGAAGGAAACAGAAACACCAAGUAAACCAUACACGGGCAUUAACACAUGUGACAUUCACGUCGACAAACAUCCAAGUGUUCCAGUUCUUAAGUAUUGGCGAAGCAGCAUGAUAAGAAUGACGUCAGCUUAUGCAAGGCGAUAAUGAAGGGAAGGUCAGUGACUUGUCCAGGGCUGAGGACGUCUAUGCAGGAAAGGUACGAAGAGAAAAAUACAUCAGGUGCAAAAGAUACUCGUCUGGAUAAAAAUGAUCUACGAUAAUAUUCUCAGAUAAUUUGGAUUGUAUUAUCUGACUCAUCGAUUACGGUUUAUUAUGGGAGGCAAAUUCUGGCAACACUGCGUACUGACGCUCGCCAUUGUGGUGGGCGCGUGCUGGGGCCACGGGCGGCUGGUGGACCCCCCCUCGCGGGCGUCUGCCUGGAGAUUCGGCUAUGAUGUGCCCAUCGACUACAAUGACAACGAGGGCUUCUGCGGGGGCUUCGAGCACCAGUACCAGAACCAGGGCGGCCGCUGCGGCAUCUGCGGCGACGCGUGGGACGAGAACCCGCGGCCGCACGAGGCCGGCGGGAAGUACGCUACCGGGACGAUCGUGCGCACGUACACGGAGGGCCAGACGAUCACCGUGCGCGUUGACAUCACCAGCAACCAGCGUGGCCACUUCGAGUUCCGCAUCUGCCCCAACAACAACCCGAGCGUCGAGGCGUCGCAGACCUGCCUCAACGAGCACCCUCUGUUCAAGGCCGACGGCUCAGGCUUUGAGCACGAGAUCAGCACCAACAACGGAGUGCAUGCGGUGCAGCUGCAGCUACCCCGAGGCCUUACGUGUACCCAGUGUGUCAUGCAGUGGCGUUAUGUGGCAGGAAACAACUGGGGCUACUGCGAGGACGGCACCGGAGCGGUCGGAUGCGGACCCCAAGAGGAGUUCCGCGCAUGCGCUGACGUGGCGGUGGUUGCGCAGCCUACAUGGUCCAGCGCCGGCUUCACCAGCGCGGCGAACGCGACCAACCAGGUUAGUGAGUCGGUGACGAGCAGCUACAGCUGGUACUCUACGCCCGACCCGAUCACGCUGAGCCCGACUGAGAAGCCGCCUCCGCGGCCCACAACGACCCGCCGCCCAACGUCCAUCAGAAGGACCACCAGACCGCACACAAGACGGACCACGACCCCGAGGCCCACCACGACACCCGCUCAGCUUAAAUCCACGACCGCGCCUACCGCGCCUUGCAGAGCCGUGGGCGCCUGGAAGGACAUACCCGGAAUAGACGAAUGGUGCAUCACUAACUGUCUGCACACGCCUCCCUUCUGUCCCGCCUCUCACUGCUCGUGCGACUAAUGACCCUUUCGAAAACGAGUCGCCAUGGCGGCGAAGGGGGAAACCCUUCACUAGUCAGGGUUGCAAGGACCUCGUCGGGGAAGGGCCAGAGGGAAGGUUCCCGCUCGCCACUCUGGUGACUCUCGUAGCCAUACUGAGGCUAAUCGUGUUGAAAUCGUGUCUGGAACAGCGACUCCUUCUGCCAUCUCACUCCAAGGAAAUAAUCGUGUUUUAACCUAAACACCUGGUAUUUAGAAACGCUAGGAAUUGUGUGCCAUGGUUAUUAAUCUUCUAAAUGCCAAUGAUUUCUUGAUUACUAUAUUGCACGUUUUAAGCACUUUGAUUGUUUUGCUUUAAGAGUGAUUGCAGGGACUUAUUUCCCUUAUUGUUAUCUGUGGUAAUCUGCAAAUAUGUUUGAGUGUGUUAAUUUAUAUAAGUUAGUGUGAUUAUUUAUUUUGGGUUAGUGCAAUUUGAGUGCAGUUUAGUCAUAAAAGUUCAUUAACUCGC